AUGGAGCUUGGACGGUUCGCUCCUCAGCUUACUGCUAUUGAGGAAUUGCGGGUUGAGAGUUUCCAAGAGGGCCUGCGCCACGAGGUACGUAGACAAGUAGCUUGUCUUCAGAUUAUGGAAUUUCAAAAGUUGGUGGAUUUGGCAAGUAUUGAAGAGCGGGAAAAUAGUUUUGGGGUAGGCUCCCCUCCAGGUCAGAAGAGGCGGAGUUAUGUUGGUGAAGUAAGUAGUUCUGGGUCACCGCAUAAGUUCGUGCAAAGGACUAGAGCCCGUUCGCAGACAACCUCUGGUGUUCGUGCUGGUGGUGAAGCCCCAGUUUGUAACAGGUGCAAUAGAGCCCAUGAGGGCGACUGCGGCCAAAGGGGAAUUCAGUGUUUUAAAUGUGGCCAGCCGGGUCACUUUGCUCGUGAGUGUCCCAGUCUAGCUCUAGGAGGUCAAGGAGGACGAGGAGGUUGA